AUGGCUCCUCCCAGUUUACAUGAAACAGUGAAAGUGGUAGAGACAAUGGUAACUAGAAAAGUGGAUCUUCGAUCGGACACAGUGACGAAGCCAACUGAGUCAAUGAGGGCUGCUAUGGCAAGUGCGGAAGUUGAUGACGAUGUUCUUGGCUAUGAUCCAACGGCUUUACUGUUAGAGAUCGAGAUGGCGAAGUUAAUGGGAAAGGAGGCAGCUCUUUUUGUUCCAUCAGGGACUAUGGGUAACCUUAUCGCUGUACUUGUUCAUUGUGAGGUUAGGGGAAGUGAAGUUAUUCUCGGAGACACUUGUCAUAUCAAUAUUUACGAGAAUGGUGGUAUUUCGACCAUUGGAGGAGUGCAUUCGAGACAGCUUAAAAAUAACGAUGAUGGAACAAUCGACAUUGAUUUGAUUGAGUCUUCUAUUAGAGAUCCGAGGGGGGAGCUAUUGUUUCCGAGCACUAGGCUUAUUUGCUUGGAAAACAGUCACGCAAACUCGGGUGGAAGAUGUCUCACUGUUGAAUAUACUGAUAGAGUUGGAGAGGUUGCUAAGAAGCAUGGAGUGAUGCUUCACAUUGAUGGAGCCCGACUUUUUAAUGCAUCAGUUGCGCUAGGUGUUCCUAUGGAUAGGCUUGUCGAAGCAGCUGAUUCGGUUUCAGUUUGCCUCUCUAAAGGCAUAGGCGCUCCAGUUGGAUCUGUUAUAGUUGGUUCCAAGGAAUUCAUUGCUAAGGCUAAGCGACUCCGGAAAACCUUAGGUGGUGGAAUGAGACAGAUUGGCAUCCUUUGUGCUGCUGCACUUGUUGCCUUAAAGGAAAAUAUCGGAAAACUGGAAAGUGAUCACAAGAAAACUAGAGUUUUGGCCGAUGGAUUGAAUGAAAUUAAAGGGAUCAGAAUUAAUCCCGGUUCUGUGGAGACCAAUAUAAUAUUUAUCCACAUUGCGGAUGGUUCAAGGACUACAACUGAAAAGAUAUUCAAGUACUUGGAAGAACGCGGUAUCCAUGUGAUGCAUGACAAACCAUCAAGGUUGAGAGUUGUUCUCCACCACCAAAUUUCAGCGAGUGAUGUGCAGUACACUCUGUCAUGCUUUCAGCAAGCAGUGCAAAUUGAAAAUGGGAACUAG